CUUGCUUCAAUACUGACAUGUACUGACACCGCACUAUCUACCAUAACACCUCUCAACUCUCCGUACAAGAAUACCCAUGGUACACCUCUUGCGCCCUCCUCCUACACCUCUCCCCUCCCGCAGAUCAUAAAGCUGUCCGUAAAUAUAUCGAGUUCGGAGGUAGCCUUCGUCGUUGGCAUAAGAAGAGGUACUCUAUUUGGACCGAGUCAUGACUGUACUCAUAGUCGCUGAUGAAAACGCGUCCCUCUACAUCUCCUCAACUACCAGAUGUAUCGAUCAACGACACGGUGGUAUCUGCAUCCAGACUAUUCACGUGUCCUUUGGACCUUGAAGCUUUGAAGUACAAUCCUUGGUCGUUACGUGGAGGGGAAUGCGCCUGCCGGUAUCUUAUCUCAAAACGAGCUUGUCGUGAUGUGGAAUUGCACACUACUACCCCUUCCCGAUAUCCUGCUGUCGCGAUCGCUAUCCGCACUUGGUCUGCGCUUUCCCUCAGAGAGUUGAUCUCGGUCUUGAGCCUCACACUUCUGCCCCAGUUUCUUCUGGCUCGUCCAGAUCCGUGGCAGGUGCAGCAUCGCAUCGUAGAGUCACUGCUCGAUCAUUUAAAUCUUGGGUUAACUGUCACCGGUGAAUCACAACGCAAGUGGGAGUCAUUUGUGUUCGAAGAUGCCAACGACGACGACUCCCACUCCCACUUCCCAUCCUUCCCUCCCGAGGACGGAACCACCAAUCACCCCAUACUCGAACUCAUUCUACCAAAUUCCCUCUCGAGCCCGAAAGUCAAACACGUACUCGUACCUUCAAAACCCUCAACUUCCGAGGAUGAACGAAUAUACACCCCACAAUUCUCACCAUCUGCCUUCUUCCGCGCCGUAGAUGAGUUCCGCUCUGGAACUGAAGAUAUAAACUCCUGGCGCAUUGGUGAAGCACUCAUAUAUGGCGAAGUGGUCUCCAGCACCCAAACAAUGUUUGACAAGUGCGUCUCACCCAAUCACGUCCAUCAAACCCAUCUUUCCUCCGUGCACUCCCCUCUCCCAUCGUCUCCCUCGCCACAGUACAACUGGCAGGACGCAGCAGAGGCGGUAACGCGUAGCUCUCACCUGCAGGUUGCUUGCAAGAUUCGUGUCGGCUCACAGGGUCUUCAUCAGUACCAGGCCCCCUCCAACCUCAUAUUCAUUCAAUACCUCUAUGCACUAGCCAUCAUCGACGCAUGUCACGUCCUAAACCCCGCCUCUGAAUGGGCCCACAAAGUCCGUCUGAUAUGGCCUAAUUAUUAUGGCCUCUUCCCGUCUUCCCAAAGCAGCCCAACAUCAAAUUCAAAGUCAACGCCGGAACUACGGAAAAUGGGCGGGAUACUGGUAAACACGAGUUUGGUGAUGGCGUGGCAGAUAUAG